CCAAGGGUAACAGGCGGGACGGUGUGUAGUGGUGUCUUGUGGGAUAGUUGCUGGAGGUCUGCAGGAGUUGCGGAGCGCUGUCGGUUUUGUCGCGGUAUCGCGUCCUAGUCGUCGGUGGAACGGGCACAAAAAGCGGUCAAGAUGCCGGAGAGAGACAAUGAGCCGUUUUCAAACCCUCUGGCGCCUGAUUCACACGAGAUGGAAGAUCCUCGGUCGCUGAAUCAGUCGAAGCUGACCAAUGAGGACUUCCGAAAAUUACUGAUGACCCCAAGGUCAACGCCAUCAUCGGCUCCACCUUCAAAAACUCGCCAACAUGAGAUGCCGAGGGAAUACAACGAGGAGGACGACCCUGCUGCCCGCAGGAGGAAGAAGAAAAGUUACUAUGCAAAGCUGCGGCAGCAGGAGCUGGAACGCGAACGCGAGCUGGCUGAGAAGUACCGUGAUCGAGCACGGGAGAGACGAGAUGGCGUGAACAAAGACUAUGAGGAAACUGAGCUCAUCAGUACGACGGCAAACUACAGAGCCGUUGGACCAACUGCUGAGGCGGACAAGUCUGCAGCAGAGAAGAGGCGGCAGCUCAUCCAGGAGUCCAAGUUCUUGGGUGGUGACAUGGAGCACACUCACUUGGUGAAGGGGCUGGAUUUUGCUCUCCUGCAGAAGGUCCGAGCAGAAAUCACCAGCAAAGAGAGAGAAGAAGAAGAUUUGAUUGAGAAAGUGCAGAAGGAAGUGAAGAAAGACGAAGAUCCAGAAAAUAAAAUUGAAUUCAAGACCCGCUUGGGACGCAACAUAUACCGUAUUCUGUUUAAAAUGAAGCCCCAGGAGCGAAAUGAGCUGUUUUUACCGGGACGCAUGGCGUAUGUUGUGGAUUUAGAUGAUGAAUAUGCAGACACGGAUGUACCCACAACGCUGAUCAGAAGCAAAGCCGACUGUCCUACCAUGGAGGCACAAACAACGCUGACCACCAAUGACAUUGUUAUCAAUAAAUUGACUCAGAUCUUGUCCUACUUGCGCCAGGGAACUCGUAACAAAAAAAUGAAGAAGAAAGAUAAAGGUAAAUUGGGAGGUGAUGAAAAGAGGCCACCAGAAGCUGAUAUAAGCAUCUUCGAUGACAUCGGGGACUAUGUGCCAACAACCGCGAAGGUCGUUCGCGAGAAGGAGCGUGAAAAGUACCGGGAGAAGGAGAGAGAAAGGGAGCGGGAGCGGGAGAGAGAGCGAGAAAGGGAGCGGGAACGGGAGAGGGAAAGAGAGAGAGACGAAGAGAAAAAAUCCAGGCACAAUUACUUUGAAAAGCCCAGAGUGGAUGACGAACCAGCAGAGAUGGAUGCUGGUCCUGGGUCGGCAAAGGAUCUGAUUAAAUCGAUCAAUGAGAAGUUUGCCGGAGCUGGAGGUUGGCAGGGAGCAGAAUCGGCAAAGAGACAGGAAGAGAAGAAGCGGCUUGGAGAUUUUUUCGGAACGUCGGACAGCUACGCAGAAUGUUACCCAGCCACGCUGGAUGACAUGGCUGUUGACAGCGACGAAGAGGUGGAUUACAGUAAGAUGGAUCAGGGUAACAAGAAGGGACCCCUUGGCCGCUGGGAUUUUGAUACACAGGAGGAAUACAGUGAAUACAUGAACAACAAAGAGGCUUUGCCCAAAGCUGCUUUCCAAUACGGCAUCAAGAUGUCAGAGGGACGUAAAACACGGCGUUUCAAGGAAACGAAUGAGAAGGCAGAGCUGGAUCGGCAGUGGAAGAAGAUCAGUGCGAUCAUUGAAAAGAGAAAGAAGUUGGAGGCAGACGGUGUCGAGGUGAAGAGACCCAAGUACUGAGAGACAGAGCGGAGAGACGUCAACUGUUCCGGCAUUCCAUGAUGAUGGUUGCUUGUUGGCACUGAAUUGUGUGCGUGACCUGUCCCAAAUAAUAUGUCGUCAUCGUCAGCUAUGGUCCAUCACAAUGUAGAACAUUUGAAGAACGCUCACGCAAUUUGCGUUGAUUGCCACAUCUUUUAUUUUGAAACCUGCUGAUAACUUUUAAGCUGAAGUUGAAUCUGUCUGACGGGGUAUGAGAUGGAGGACAGAUCUUUGAAUGAGUCUACAGGUUAAACUUUGAAUUGCCUGUGGGGGCUUGGAUCUGCACACAUUUAUAUUCUGGUUUUUGCAAGUGGUAGUGAAAAGCUUCAGACGAUUAAAUUUCAUGAGAUAUUUAAUGGAUUUAGUCACGUGUGCU